CCAUCCCCGUGGAAGAAGCUCGUACCUACUAAUAUUAACUUUAAGUUUUCUUAAAACAGUUCUGUGAUAAACACCACUCGCAAUGGCUCCCAGAAACAAGGAACAGGAACAGGAAGUGCUCAACUGGAUUGCAGCCGUCAUAGGAGAACCUGUUACGAAUGCCUCUUACGAAGAUUAUCUGAAGGACGGCGUAGUCCUCUGCAAGCUUAUCAAUAAGCUGUCACCUGGAUCGGUGAAGAAGAUCCAAGAGAGAGGAACAAACUUCCAGCUGAUGGAGAACAUUCAGAGGUUCCAAGCAGGAAUCAAGAAAUACGGUGUCCCCGAAGAAGAAAUCUUCCAGACUGCCGAUCUUUUUGAGAGACGUAACAUUCCUCAAGUCACCCUUUGCCUUUACGCUCUCGGAAGAAUUACUCAGAAGCACCCUGAAUGGACUGGCCCACAGCUCGGCCCCAAGAUGGCGGACAAGAACGAACGUACCUUCACCGAAGAACAGCUUAGGGCACACAAUGCCGAGCUUAACCUUCAGAUGGGCUUCAACAAAGGAGCUUCACAGUCUGGCCACGGUGGAUUCGGCAACACACGCCACAUGUAAUCAUCGAACAACUUACUCAAGCGUACUUAUGCUUGCCUGGUGUCUGAGACCAAAUCCGAUGCACACGGAUAAAAUCAGUAUUCAAAAGAACUCUUUCAAUUAUGUCCGUCUGUCAGAUCCAAGGUGUUCAUGGAUACCCUUCUAAAGUUACUGUUGCUCUUAUACUAAAAUUAAAGAUUCAUAACGAAGCCAAUUAGCAUCCAAAUCUAACAAAUUCUAUUU